AGUUCUUUUGAAGCGCCAUCAUUGUAUUAUUACUACGAGUGUAGAAUUUAGAUUUUAAAGAGGCUUUACGUGUUUGGACUGUAUCACUAUUAGACUUGAGAAGCGUAAUAAGUUUAAUUUCGCAUUAUAUUCCCCUUUCAUUUUACUAAGAUGUCAUCUCUACAACAGCAGAAGAAAGUUGUUGAACAGUUACGUCAAGAAGCUGGCAUUAGAAGAGUGAAUGUUUCAGUGGCCAUUGAAGACUUAAAGAAAUAUAUUCAGGAACAUGAAAAUGAUGACUACCUUCUAGUGGGAUUCCACUCUCAAAAAGCCAAUCCUUUCAGAGAAAAGAGUUCCUGUAUAAUACUCUGAUGAGAGUUUAUUAUUUGGUCUCCCAUUCUUUAACUCAACUACAUAAAUAAAGAAGGAAGGAAAAAAUAAGCAGAAAACAUAAGAACACAAUCUGUUACUUUUUGUAGAGAUAGUUGUGACAAACAAAAUGUACUACUACUUCUACUAUAUUCAAUAUUGGUUGGACUCAUCUUUUACCAGAUGUUAAAUGUUUCAGUUGACAAAAUAAGGUUUCUGUGAGAUUUUUGAGUUUUAAAAUGGGAGAUGUAACUUGUAUGCUGUAAAGCAGCUAAUUUUUGACAUAAAAUUUUGAUUUUUUCUUUAAGUUUGUCAGCUCAAAUCCAACAGGCACUCAGUCAGGAAAGCUGCUGUCCAGGUAAUAACAAUUAAUAACAUAUACAGCAACUCAUAUGGUGUUCUGAAUAAAAGAGAAAUACUUUUUUAUUCAAAAAUAUGUAUGAUUAUUUGAGUUUUCAUAUGUCAUGUAAAACAGACACUGCCAUAUGUUAUGAGUUUACCUUGAGUAAUUGUAGAUGGUUGGUUCACUGUCACCAUGUGCUCUAUAGAAGCCACAAAAUAUUUUGUUAUAAUCACACUUAGAAGUUGUGAGCAAGUUUUUAAUUUGCUCUAGUAUCUUGUACAUGAUUUGUUGUACAAUUACAAUGACUCUUUGUUGUUGUUAUGAACAUAUUAAUUGAAAAGAAACUAACUUAUUCCACACUGGUGAAUAAGACUCACACAUUUUAAAGGGUUGAACCAAGUAGUGUGUGUUUUCAAUUGAAUUAAUUAAAAUAUUGCCAGAUUUUGUGCUGAAAAUUCUUGCACAGCUUGAAAGAGUAAAAUUAAGAAAACUGGUUAUUCCCUAAAGUUUGUUAUGAAUACAUAUAUAUUGACUCGUGGUGACCCAGGCUCCUUACUGACAUAAAAUUCAGAUAGAAUAGAAUAGAGAAAUCAGAAGCAGAUUGCUCAUUAGGUAAGUUACAAUGUAACUGAAUUAAUGUUGUUCACAAAAAAUAUUGUUACAUAUGUUCUACAUGUAGUUUUUUUAGCUUGUUGGUUUCACGGUUAGUUUAAAGUUGUUUGACUUACAUUUUAUUCUUUGGUUUAAUUUGACAGAUAUCCUAAGAAUAAAGUUGGUUAUUCUUGAGAAAAUUGUUUCACACAUUUUUACCAUUAUACUAACAUGUCAUCAGAAAACUUCAAUGGUUUUUGAAAUGGUUGAUUUUAAACCAUAAAAUGUUAGUAUUUGUCUUUUCAAAGGAAUGUGGUGCUUUGUAUCAGUAAAUAUGUUAGCUUACACAAGGUACAAAACAACAACUAUCUCAGUUAUGAUUGAUAGAAUUCAUGUGAUGUAAAUCUAUUGUGUUCUAUGUUCUUGAUAUUACAUAUCAUAUUACCUUCUGUUAUUGACAGCUCAUACAGUUUUAUAACCUUAAAAAGCCCAUUUGCUUAUUUUUUUUCCAGAAUGUUGCAACAAUCCAUGAGUGUCUUGUUAUGUGUAAUAAUCUACAUCAUUAUUAUACCCAUUGUGAAUAAAUUUAUAUGUGGCCAAGUGGAUAUUGCCAAAUCCGUAUAUGUAAGUGUGACUGCCAUGCUGUUACUGUCAUUGUAUGUGUAAAGCACUUGCGUUGGACAGCCACGGAAGAGCCCCACUGUGACUGUCAUACCUUGUGCUUGAGAAGUGUUUUGUAUUAUCUCUCAGAAUGCCAAAGUCAUGUACAAUGUGUGCAUCUAAAGUAAAGUAAUAAAUAUAUUGUGUGACCAUA